CAAGGCCUGAGCCCCCCCACCUGCCGCAAGCAUGAAGGACGGUCGGGACUCCAAGGACCAGCAACUCAUGGUGGCGCUCCGGGUCCGGCCCAUCAGCGUGGCGGAGCUGGAGGAAGGAGCCACUCUCAUUGCCCAUAAAGUGGACGAGCAGAUGGUGGUUCUCAUGGACCCCAUGGAGGACCCCGACGACAUCCUGCGGGCGCACCGCUCCCGGGAGAAGUCCUACCUGUUCGACGUGGCCUUUGACUUCACUGCCACCCAGGAGAUGGUGUACCAGGCCACCACCAAGAGCCUCAUCGAAGGAGUCAUCUCGGGAUACAACGCCACCGUCUUUGCCUACGGCCCCACAGGCUGUGGGAAAACCUACACCAUGCUGGGCACGGACCACGAGCCGGGCAUCUACGUCCGGACCCUCAAUGAUCUCUUCGGCGCCAUUGAGGAGACCAGCAAUGACAUGGAGUAUGAGGUGUCCAUGUCCUACCUGGAGAUCUACAAUGAGAUGAUCAGGGACCUGCUGAACCCCGCCCUGGGCUACCUGGAGCUGAGGGAGGACUCUAAAGGGGUCAUCCAGGUGGCUGGCAUCACCGAGGUCUCCACCAUCAAUGCCAAGGAGAUCAUGCAGCUGCUGGUGAAGGGGAACCGGCAGAGGACGCAGGAGCCCACGGCCGCCAACCGGACGUCGUCCCGCUCCCACGCCGUCCUGCAGGUGGCCGUGCGCCAGCGCAGCCGGGUCAAGAAUGUCCUCCAGGAGGUGCGCCAGGGCCGCCUCUUCAUGGUUGACCUGGCUGGCUCCGAGCGCGCCUCCCAGACCCAGAACCGCGGGCAGCGCAUGAAGGAGGGGGCGCACAUCAACCGCUCGCUGCUGGCCCUGGGCAAUUGCAUCAAUGCCCUGAGCGACAGGGGCAGCAGCAAGUAUGUCAACUACCGCGACAGCAAGCUCACCCGGCUGCUGAAGGACUCCCUGGGGGGGAAUAGCCGCACCGUGAUGAUCGCCCACAUCAGUCCGGCCAGCAGCGCCUUCGAGGAGUCCCGGAACACCCUGACCUACGCCGGCCGGGCCAAGAACAUCAAGACCAGGGUGAAGCAGAACCUGCUCAGUGUCUCCUACCACAUCGCCCAGUACACCAGCAUCAUCGCCGACCUGCGGAGCGAGAUCCAGCGGCUCAAGUGCAAGAUUGACCAGCAGGCGGGGCGGGGCCAGCCUCGGGGCCGGCUGGAGCGGGCUGACCUCCGCCACGUCCAAGCCGAGGUGCAGGUGCACGGCGGGCAGGGGGAGCCAGCGGAGAUGGGCCAGCUACGGGAGCAGCUGGUCAGCGCCUUCCAGGAGCAGAUGGACGUGCGGAGACACCUGCUGGAGCUGGAGAACCGUGCCAUGGAGGUGCAGAUCGACACCUCCCGCCACCUGCUCACCAUCGCCGGCUGGGAGCACGAGCAGUCCCGCAGGGCCCUCAAGUGGCGAGAGGAGCAGCGCAAGGAGUCCUACAGCAAGGAGGGCAGCGAGAAGGACUCGGACCCGGGGGAGGAGCAGCCAGACCUCCUGGAGCCGCCCGAGGUGGCCUCGGCCCGCGAGAGCAUCGCCGCCCUGUUGGGCGAGCAGAAGAAGCUGCGGGAGCAGAAGCUGGCGCUGGAGCAGCGUUGCCGCGAGCUGCGCGCGCGGGGCCGGCGCCUGGAGGAGACGCUGCCGCGGCGCAUCGGCUCCGAGGAGCAGCGCGAGGUGCUCAGCCUGCUGUGCCGCGUGCACGAGCUGGAGGUCGAGAACACCGAGAUGCAGUCGCACGCGCUGCUCCGCGACGGCGCGCUCCGCCACCGCCGGGAGGCCGUGCGCCGGCUGGAGCAGCACCGGAGCCUGUGCGACGAGAUCAUCCAGGGCCAGCGGCAGAUCAUCGACGACUACAACCUGACCGUCCCCCAGCACCUGGAGGAGCUGUACGAAGCGUACCUGCGGGAACUCGAGGAGGGCAGCGUGGAGCGGGCCGCCAUCAUGGACCGCGUGGCCUCCAGAGCCCUGCAGGACAGCUCCUUGCCCAAAAUCACCCUAGCAGGAGCCACGCUGACCCCGGACUCCGACCCGGAGAGCGUGAAGGCGCCAAGCUGUGAAUUCCGGCACUGGCAGGGCAGCGCCCUCCCUCCCCUUGGCACCGACAGUGAAGCCCACCGCGUGUUCAAGGCCAGCCCCCGGGCCUGGCAGGCAAAGUCCUCCUCCGUGCCCACCCCUCCUCCCAUCCAGAUCGGUGGCCUGGUGACCCAGGAGAGCCCCCCGCAGGACAGCCGGAUCGACUCCUCCCCCGAGAGCAGCGAGAACCUGGCCGAGAUCCCCUUGUCCCACCGAGAGAGGAAGGAGAUCCUGACCGGCACCAAGUGCAUCUCGGUGAAGGCGGCCCGCAGGCGCUCGCGGGCUCUGGGGCCCGAGGGGCGCCACCUGCUGGUGCCCGCCAUGCAGCGCAGCAGCCUGUCCCUGCACUCGCUCAGUGAGACUGAGGAGGUGCAACCCCCGGGGCCUCUGGCCUGCAAGCGGCCCCCCAGCCCCACGCUGCAGCACGCUGCCAGCGAGGACAACCUCUCCAGCAGCACGGGCGAGGCGCCAUCCCGGGCGGUCGGGCGGUGUGGAGACGACCCCGGGCCCUGGCUGCAUGGACAGAAGAAAGCCCUGGGCAAGAAGAGGGAGCAGUCGCUGGAGGCAAAGAGGAGGAAGCGGAGGUCCCGGUCCUUCGAGGUCACGGGGCAAGGGCUCUCUCACCCCAAGACACACCUCCCAGGGCCCCGGCCCGCCGAGAGCGGCUCGGACCACAGAGUGCCAGGAUGCGGGCACCCAGCCCCUGGCGUCCGGCAUCUGGGCAAAGUCACGCUGCCUUUGGCCAAAGUCAGACUCCCUCCAAGCCAGAACACGGGUCCUAGGGAGCCCUCACCCCUGGCUGUCCCCUUGCACCCAGCUGGUGGGUCCCGACGGGCUGCUCGUGGGCCCCGCCUGCCUGCCAGCACCAACACCCAGGGCAAAGAUGGACGCCUGUGGCAUAACUGA